AUGCCACCAAAGACAGUCAAGAAGAAGAGCGGCGUCCAUGACUUCGGCGGCGGCCCCAAAGGCAGUGCGAAGAUAACGAAGACUGGCAAGACCAGCACUAAUAAGACACCAUUCUCCGGUACUAAGAGAAAGAUCGGCCGGGUCAUUUCCGACAGCGCGAGAUAUGACGAGACUGAAGACAAACUCAAGAAGCGUACCAAAGCUCAAGAUGAGGAUGAGGCAGCAUAUGAGCCUCCAGACGGACAGGAUGAUGCUGAAGAAGACUACUCGUGGACUGCCGCGUUCGACACGCCGGACGAGUUGUCGGACGAUGAUGAGGACGAUGAGAACGAUGAGCUCUUUGAACCAGUCCCUCGCGGCUCAGGUUGGACAUAUAAGAAGGUCAAGGAGGAUGGCGCCCACAAGGCUCGAGAGCAGGUGAGCAAGGAGACUCGCCAAGAGGGGUUCCUCAAGAGAUUUGACAGAGACAACCUCAAGCUCGAUGCUAAGAUACUGUCGAGAGGGCUGAUGAGGUCUUGA